ACCCCUCCCCCUCCCCCUCCCCCUCCGCCGCCGUGAAAGCGCUAAAAGAGAGGAAAAAAAACCUCCACCGCUCCUCCGCCCCCUUGGCUCUUCUCUUUCUCUGCCGGCGAGAGAUGAUAAAGCGGCGUUUCUACAAGCAAGACCAUGGCGAUAGGGACGCCUCCUCUGCGUCUUCCUCCUCCUCCACUGACGACUCCGAUUCCACUCCGGAAGUGGAAGAAGAAGACGAAGUAGAAGAGCAAGAGGAAGAGGAGCAGGAGGGAGAGGAGAUAGGAGGAGCAAAGGAGGACAAUGGGCCGCUCUCGCCUUCGUCCGGUUCAGGAUAUGAGAGUGAGGAUAGCUCUGGGAAUGAGGUUGAUGGUGAUUCUUCAGGUUUGCUCAUUAAUGAGGAGAAAGGACCUGAAAGAGGUCAUGAAAACCCUAAAGAUGGCCAGCUGAACAAUGAAGUUGAUGUUGUAAAGAAUGAGAAUGUGAACACUGGGAGCAGUGCCAUUGAUUCAAAUGAUCCAAUUGAAGCUGAUCUGAGCAGCUGUAUCUUGAAGUGCAAAUCAGUUUUUAAGUGCAGACUUUGCCCAAGAAUUGUAUGCUUAAAUGAGGAAACAGUCAAGCAGCACCUUAUAUCAAAGAGACAUGCUCGUUCCAAGAAACUAUUAGGAGAGGGGAGGCUUAAGCUGAUGCUCAAUAGUGAUGGGGAGAUUGAAGAGGAUCAGGAAACUCAUGCAGAAAGGCAUGCCCGAACUGUAGCCCUUGCUCAGGAAGUGGUUGUUCCGAAAAAGAAAGACACAGGGCGUCAGCGACAGAACUGCAGAAGGAAAAAGAGGUUGCGUAAUCGUUUUGAAAAGGGAAAACCAGAACAGUUGGCAGAAAAUCCCAUAAAGAGAAAACGGAAAGCAGAGGAUUGAAGAACAGUGAAUUUUGCUAUAAACUGUUAGUUUUCCUGCCAUUUUUCCAGGCAGGACGUUUUAAAAUGCAAUCUUCAGUUACAUGUUGUACAUGUCUUAUGCUAUUUGUUUCUUAUGCUAUUGUUAUUCCGGAGUUUUUUUUUUUCUCUCAAGCAAAAAACAUAUGAAUAAUUUUUUAGAGUUUCUGUUGAUUGGAAUUACGACUUUGGGAGGUUAGUUGGAGAUGCAAAUAUGCAGUCACAUGCUAACGUACUCUCAGCCUUAGCUUCCAAA